AUGGAGCUCGAUACGCCAGACCUUGGUUCUGAAGAAUCAGAAGUGGAAGAACCGGAACUGGAAGAACUGUACGGAUCAGCAGACCCUCCCCGCGAAAGGAGCCGUGGUAUUGAUGAUAGCAUGAUCCAUGCGCAUGGCGAACUCCUCAAAGCUUAUCUGACCAUCCCAUCCCGAAUAUCCAAAAGAAAUGCCGAAAUCGAUACUUGCAAAAAACUAUUUGAAGGAUACAAAGCCGAAAACAUAAGACGACAAAACGAUGCAGAUAUCGAAAAGCAAAUGCAACGGUUUGAAAACGGUGAAAAGGAAUUCGUGGAAAAUUAUAUCAAACCUCUCAUAAAUCUACUUCGUGAACAGCCAAUGAUCAAGUGUGUUCCUGAGAAUAAGGAAAUCAUGGAGUUGCAUGGGAGACGUCAUGAGCUAGAGGAAAUGAUACAGAGUUAUGAGGAAGAUCCCAGUCUUCUGGAGCAUGGACAGGCGUUCUUGAAAAUUUUCCACGAGUGUAUAUGGCGGGAACAUUUUGUCAGAGUCCAGGAGAAUAUCGAUUGGUGUAUGGAGGAUAUCGAGGAAAGUGAGAAGCUGAAAGUCGAUUUGAGGAUUAUGUUGGUAAACUCGGGGAUUAUUUUGAGGGAGGGAGGUCUACCGAUGAGACGGAUAGAUGAUAGUAGAAAUCCUAUGGAAGAUUAG